GCUUGUACGUUUGUUAUUGUUGCUGUUUUUCAAGCUGCAAAACCAAAACAUGACCAAAACAGAAAUCUUUUAAUGUCGGCUAUAAUAUCAAAAAUGAUUUUUUAUUGUUGUAUUUAGGAUUGGCACUCGCGAUACUAGCUACCGAUCGCAUAACAUUUCUUUUUCACGCUUCUGGAUCCGGAUUGCAUCCAAGUUGAGACCGAUCGAACAUUCAUAAAACUGUCAUAAGUUGAAAACAGACUGAAAUCAGCUGAUCGCAACUGUCUCAUGAAUUGCCUUAUGAAAAUUAUGUGUCAGUGUAAUUCCAAUUGAGCAAACAACCUGUUAAACACGUGUGAGGAGAAGAGAAAGGAUGUUCAGUGUUACCAGCGUUACUUUGGAUGAUACGGCGCCACUCUAGUUAUAUAUAGGCACUCUACCGUGUAUAUUUCAGAUUUCAAGCAGAUGCUUUUGGGUUUUCGAGUAGCUGCAGACAUUUUUAAAAAACAUCUGGCAUCUCUGGCCAAACAAAAUCAUAAAAUAUAAAGCACGAUCAAGCAACCGUUGACAUUUUGACCGGUUUGAUCAGUUAAGUCCGUUUAAUAUUUUGAUUGGAUUUUCUUGAUUAGUUUGGUUAUUCGUAUUUUUCUUAAGAAAAACGUAAGUCACGUUACGCCUUAUUGCGAGUUGAUUUAUAUGAUACGCUGGAACGCAAGAUGCAAGCAUAAGCCAUGGAUAAACAGCGAUCUCAUAUAUUCAUAAAUGAAAUUGAAAACAAGGAAGAAAUAGCAAACGUUAUUAUCAGUGAAUUACGUGAACAUGGAAUAAAAUAUAGAAAAGAAAAGCGGAUAAAAGUAGGGCAGGAAAAAAACCGCUGUAAAAAAAUUUUCAAUGUACCUCUGCACACUUUAGAGCUAACUGAUGUUAUCCUUGCCAAUGGAUAUGUCGCACAAAUCCCUGCGUUUGUAUCAAAUGCUUGUCAACGUGUUCUUGAACAAAUAAAAACAGAAGGGUUAUUUAGGAAAGCCGGCUCAGCGAAAAGGCAACAAGAAAUCAAAGCUAGUAUUGAAUCGGGGAAGGCUUUAGGCAAAUCAUAUCAUGUAAUAGACAUCGCAAAUAUAUUGAAAACGUUUUUUCGUGACCUCCCGGAACCGCUGUUACCUACAGGAAGUUUUCAAGAGGCAUUGAUUCGUUGUCUUCUAUCCGGUGAACAUAAAGUAUACAAUCUGUUAAUAACCUGUUUGCUCCUUCCACCGAUAACUAUCAACACACUAGCUUUCUUCAUGCAAUUCUUGCACACUGUUACACUUCACUCAAGUUGUAACAAGAUGACGGCAGAAAAUUUGGCUAUUAUUUUUACCCCAAAUCUGAUGCCAAUUGCAGAGAUGAUCCAACAACGGUUAUCGAGCCACGUUAAAGUUAUUCAACUGUUGAUAGAAAACUCUCAUAACAUCGGUGUUGUUCCUGAAACUGUGUUCGAUAAAAUUAAUGAAUCUGUCAAUAUUGCUCGUUCAACUGUAGACAGUUUGGUAGCGUGCAAUGUAACGGAGAAAAAGAAAAAAAAGCGACGGAGUGGAUCAAUUACUCGUAUAUUUCAUGGCAUUAAAAAAAUAGUUGGUGCCGUUGGUUCUUCCGAAAACUUAGAUAAUCCUGAUGAACUCCUUGACAAAACGAAUGCUACUCCAUGCCUCAGUAAAUCAUCCAAGAAGCGCAAAGUUGCAGAUGGCAUGCCAUUCAGCGCCAAGAAAAAGAGAGAAGUUAUUUCAUCACUACCCGAUAAUCAUGACAUACUACCAUACACUCCAAUCGCAAUUUUGAAAGAUGUUAAGAAACCUCGUCUUAGUCUUGGAGGUCAUAAAACUAAAGGUAUCCGCCUCGCGCCGAGCUCAACGUCUAUUUCAUCAGUUGUUGAUGAUAAGCCUAUGGAAAGACGGUGGAGUUUGGUUGGUGCACCAUGGACGCGUAGAAAACGCAACGAAUCUACAGAUAAAAUUCCAAGUAGACACAACACUGAAGAUGAUGACGAGAGCAAUAGAAGAAAAAUCUCAACGGGUUUAUCUCCAGUAACUUCGCUACCAAACCUAACAAGUCCCAUACUAGAACAAGAGAAGGAGCAUAGCGGAAUUCAGACGCCUGAAACGACAUUUUUGAAAGGAAGGGCGUUAUUUGAUGAUGAUAAUGAAGGUAAAAACAGUAGUGAACAGAUUGGAGGAGAGGAAUACUUGAAAAUUUCAAAAAGUGAGUAUGAAGCUAUUAAAGAACGUGUAGCGGCAAUCGAAACGCGAAUAUCACAAGAAUUUGAAAAUAUCGAUCAAUCCAAAAUGGACCAAACUGAUAUUCUAAAUAGUAUUGAUUGUAUAACUAACAAAUACAACAUGACACUUAAAACAACGGAACCUAUGGAGGCAAGUAAUUCAUGUACUGAUCAAUUAGCAAAACGCCUAAGUCGUGAAUUGAAAAUUCGUCGAAAUGUUGAACAAUGCGUGAUGCGUUCUCCAAGCGCACGCAAAAUCGGUUCUCUGAGGCGUCGUUCUCGAGAAAAUGUUCGCAUUUCCAGAAAUCAAUCAUGGCAUUUGGGAUCAAAUGUUGCUAUGAGUCAACAACCUGUCUUUUCGGCUAUGUCAGAUCCAUUUUAUCACAAAAGUAAUCUUAGAAGAGGUCGUCCAAAUACAGUCCAAAGUGGACUUAAGCAUCCAGAGCUAAGUCCAGUUAGACGUAACAUAAAUGAAGAUAGAGACUUCAAGCAUGUUAACACAGAUGAAGCAAGGUGUGGAAUAAGAUGGACUAAUGCCGAAAACUUUUUUAACAACACUGUCAAUCUGCAAAAAUCAAUUGAUACAUCCGUUAUAAAUACAACUCAAGAAAUUUUCAAGACUCCUGAGCAAAAAACCGGAACUCGGCAUGCAUCACUUAGAUCAACAGGCAGUUUAAAAACUGUUUUCAUUGAGACCGAAAUUGAAAGUAGUAAAAUUAAAACACCCAUGUUACCACCGGAAAUUCCACCUAGAAAAACACCCGGAAAACCAUCUAUUCGUCCGGCGAAAACACCUGGACCUUUGCAUUUCACUUCGCACAAAGAUCAACUAACUCCCUUGCAUGAAUUACAAUCGGGACGAGCGUCUAUUGCACGAUUGCGCAGUCAAAAUGCAGGGAUGGUAUUAGCUAAAGCCAAAUUGUUUGAUGGGAUUGUAUUCAAUAGCAAGAAUAAUGCACCAUCAGUGCAAAAGCAAGCAAAUCGUGAACAAGGUGCUAAACUUGCCUUGAAGUCAACCGAUGGAAUAUAUAAUUGUUCAAGUGAAGAUAGACGGGUGACAGAAAGUAUUCCACUUCGGGUACAAAAAAAUGCUUCUACUGUCGUCAAUUACAACACAAAAAACCAACAGCGAUCUACUCCUCGAAAGCGUGUUUGUACAAAGUCGCCUCGUGGUGGCAUCAACCAUCGAGAAAAACUAAGGCUUGCCAGUAAAUCUGUUCAAUCAUCACGCGUAAUCCGACAGUUGCAAGAUGAAAAAACAUUGAAAUCAGAUAAAAGAACAAAUAUGAGCGCGCAUUUCUCGCCGAAUCUAUACGAUUUGAACAAUAGAACGCCACAUAUUAAAAAGAAUUUUGUACGCAAUUCUCCCAGACGUCUCGUCAGUAAAAAAGCGGUUAACAAUAGAGAAAAUGAACAUUUUAAUCCCUCUGUUCAUCAGCAAAUGUCGGAAGCAAAUUCUUUGCAGAAGCUAUCGUUAAUACGAAAUGCAGUAAACCAAAAAUCGUGCCAGGCGGGAAUGUUCGCAAUUAUUAGCUAACAACGAAAUUCCAGUGCAGCAACCACCAGCUCCUCAACAUUUACCUGUAAAAAGAUCAAUCACUAUGCAGGAUAAGGUUAUGAAGUUAAAAUAACACUCGUGCAUUAAUUGUUUCACAAGAGCGACAAUGUUGAUUUUCUUAGAAGAAAGAAACUGCUGGAGUUUGAUAUAUUUUAAUGACCUAACUUAUAUUUUGUACAAAUAACUAUUGUGCAUAUCUAUUUGCGGAUUUUGUGUUUCAUUCUCACCACUAUUACAAACCUAUUACAUGAAAUCAAGAUGUAGUAUGUUUUAUUUCUAAAAAACAAUGCUAGCAUGUGCGAUUAAUCGUUGAAAAAGUUUGUCAGCGGAAAUUGAAUGCUUAAAGUUUUUGCGAUUUAUUCUCGAUUAGCUAACAUAAAUAUAAUUUUGCUAAGUGCUGUAAAUCUGCCAAAUAUAUGUUCUUUGUAAUAAAUAGUGUGCGACACUCCGGUA